GGAUACCAUUACAAUUAAUUAAACUUGGAAAUAUUUCCACACGAAAUGCAUAGUUUUGCAAAGCACGAAGGUUGAGGGGAGGGAUUCAAUUGCCAUGAAAUUAUAAAAAAGAUGGCGUUCUCGGCCAAUCCUCUAUCGUUAAGCCUUCCCGAGGGAGCUUUUGAAGCGUGGGUUCGAGAAAGCGGAUACCUGGAAAGAAUUGAUGAAGGGGAAGUUGUGGAUAGUGGAACUGGUAGUAAUUCGUGGAAGAUAAGUUUAAUAAACCCUUUUGGGAAAUUGACGGCUGAAGAUUUUAGCAGGGAUGCAGUGCCAUGGACUGCAGAGUUCUGGGGUGCACCUCAGUCUUAUUCGCGGCCCACCAGUUUAAUGCAAUUGAAGCUGCGAAUGCAGGAGAAUGUCAAGAAAUAUGUGCGCAAUUACAUUUAUCUAUCCCUUUGCAUCCUCGCUUCUUUCUUGUACAAGAUGCCAGUGGCGUUGCUGGGUUUGAUUUCAGUGUUUGCACUUUGGGACAUGCUGAGGAUAUGCAGCAAUAAGUGGGGUCUUCAGAAAUAUCCUUUCUUUCACCAGAUGCUUGUUCUCAUUGCAAAAUUAGCCACAACGGCCAUAAUGAUUUAUUGUAACAUAGCAUUAGCCCUUUGUUGGGCAGGUAUCUUCAGUUUGACAGUUUUGGUCAUCCACAGUUCAUUGCGAAAGCUUACAACCAUGAACCACCAAAUGAAAAAAGAAAGUCAAAGUAAAUUGGCUUUCAGGUGGAAAUAAUAAGGCCCAUUUUAAUUUUGAUACCCUUCAGAAAGCAAUAAAUGGAUUUGGACUGUGAAGCUGUAUUAGGACUUCAUGGUUUUUUUCAAUGAAUCUGACUUGUAAAAGAUCCGACAUUUUGUAAAAGUAAAAUAGGUUUUAAUACUUUACAGCAAAUGGUCUUUUUAGUUAAUGUAUUUUUAAUGCUGCCUUUAAACAAUUAAGCUGAUGCUUAGUAGGAUCAUCUUUC